AUUUCAGGCGCAAAUGAUUUUGGAGGAUUGCCUGACUUGAUGGGGAAUCUUGUGUCCUUGAAGUUUUUAGAUCUCUCCUUUUCCGACUUAUCAGGACCGGUUCCAAUAUCAUUGGGGAACCUCUUGCAACUCACUUAUUUAGACUUGUCAGGGAACAAAUUGAGUGGACAAAUUCCAUUGUCAAUUCUAAACCUAACGCAGCUGGAAUACUUGGAAAUAUCUAAUAAUUGUUUAGAAGGUUCCAUUCCAGAUGACGUAACCGCUUUUCCUAAUCUAAUAUCUUUAGCCUUAUCUGACAAUUUACUCAAUGGAACACUUCCGUCAUGGUUAUAUGCUGCUCCCUCCUUAAAGACAAUAGAUCUCUCUCAAAAUCAAUUCAGUGGGCAUAUCAAAGAAUUUCAAUCCAAAUCACUAGAAUUGAUACGCUUAGAGAAUAAUAAACUCCAAGGUCCUCUUCCAUCUUCAAUAUCCCAACUUCUCAAUCUUACCGGCCUCAGCUUAUCCUCAAAUACUCUUAGUGGUGUCAUAGAGUUUAGCAUGUUCUCAAACCUUCCAAAUCUCAAAUAUCUCGACCUUUCAUAUAACAGCCUAUCCUUAACAUCUAACACUACUUCUACUAUUAAUCUUACAAGGUUAUUUUUGUCAUCUUGCAAUCUUAGUGAAUUCCCCCAAUUUUUGAAAGGGCUUAAAAGUUUGGAAAGCUUAGACCUCUCUUGCAACAAAAUUGAAGGCAAGAUUCCACAGUGGAUGCAAGAGGUGGGGAAUGGCUCUUUGACUUACUUAAAUGUAUCUCACAACUCUUUGACAGAAGUUGAGCACUUCCCGUGGAAGAAUAUUGCAGUUCUUGACUUAAGCUCCAAUUUGAUCCGUGGAAAUCUUCCGAUUCCAGCUUCCACGAUCGAUGUCUUUCUGAUCUCAAAUAAUAGUUUCAAUGGAGAGGUCUCUUCUGUAAUCUGCAAUGUCACUUCUCUUCGAAUUCUUGAUUUGUCCCACAAUAACUUGAGUGGAACAAUUCCGCAAUGUUUUGGAAAUUUGAGCAACAGCCUCGAAUUCUUGAAUUUGAAGAAGAACAAGUUCUAUGGGACGAUUCCUCCAACAUUUGCAAAGGGAUGCCGAUUGAGUAAUUUCAACUUAAAUGGAAAUCUGUUAGAAGGGCCUUUGACACCAUCCAUCCUUAAUUGUAAUGGUCUGGAAGUGCUAGAUCUUGGUAACAACAAGAUCAAUGAUACAUUUCCUCAUUGGUUGGGAAGUCUUCCAUAUUUGCAAGUUCUUGUAUUGAAGUCUAAUCAUAUGCAUGGUUCUUUGCGUGUCAAUAGCCCCAAGUCUAGCCCUUUCUUCUCUAAAAUCCAAAAUUUUGACCUCUCAAGUAACUAUUUUUCUGGACCCCUACCAGUGAGAUACAUCAACAGCUUCAAGGCUAUCAUAAAUCUCAAGAAAAAAGGUAGUGCAAGGCCAUACAUGGGUGUGGGAGAUUAUACUAGCGGCUUCUAUGCCUAUUCUAUUGGAAUUAUUAUGAAAGGAAAAUAUAUGGAAUUGGUGAAAAUUUUCACCAUGUGGAUGAUCAUUGAUCUAUCAAACAAUCAGUUUGAAGGAGAGAUUCCAAAGGUUAUUGGGAAGCUUAACUUACUGAAAGGGCUCAACCUUUCUCACAAUAACCUUAAUGGUGGUAUCCCCACUUCAAUAGGGAAUUUGACAAAUCUUGAAUGGUUGGACCUAUCUUCAAACAGGUUGUCUGGGACGAUUCCAAAUAGAUUGGCAGAUCUGCCAUUUCUUUCGUCCUUCAAUAUUUCUGAAAAUCAACUCCAUGGUCAGAUUCCUCAAGGAAAACAAUUCAACACAUUUGGAAAUGAAUCAUAUGAAGGAAAUAAGGGACUAUGUGGAUUUCCGGUCUCGAAAGGUUGCAACAUCAUUGAGCCAGCACCUCUAAAUGUGCUUGAAAAAGAUGGCUCAAAAUCAAACAUUGCUUUUGGUUGGAAAGUGGUGUUGAUAGGUUAUGGAUGUGGAGUAGUGUUCGGAAUGUUCGUGGGAUAUGUUGUUUUCCAAACUGGAAAGCCAAAAUGGUUGGUGAAUUUGGUUGAAAACCAACAUGAGAAGAGGCGAAGAAGAAAGUCAAAGAAAGGCAAUCGCAGCAGUAGACGAAGAAGGAUCUAAUUACUGCAAAUGAUGUUCAAGAAUUAGUGUUGUAUUUUUAUAAUUUCUUGUUCUGUAGACCGUUUUGCCUAUGGUGAAGGGUUGCAUUGGUAUGUGUCUGUCUUUAUUAUUGUACCAAUUCCUCUGUCUUUCAUUGCAUUUCGUACUAUCAGUAAUGGUUUGUUUGAGUGUGACAUUUUGUAUGGUGGUGUUGUUAAUGUCUUCUUUCAUGGAUUUCAAUUUAGUCUCAAUAAUCUUUGCU